AUGCUGUUCCUGAGCAAGCUGAGUCUGCUUUCGCUGGCCGUCGUCGCGCUGGGACCAUCUGUGGCUUUCGGGGCGAUCGCCCAGGUCAAAGACGCGAGAAGAUGUGGCAACGAAGGCAGCAAGCCCGAUGCUGCGUCAGAAGCCGUUAUGUCAGUCUACUCGAGUUGACUAACAGGUCGACCCCGCUUCUGAUCUUUUCAUCUCUCUCUUGUAACCUACAGUAAGCAAGCAACGGUCAAGUUGUCGGCGGCGAUCGCUGCCGCGGGGCGCGGAGCUUCGAUCAGCUCGUCUUCCGACUUGACUGGCAACCAUAGGGCGGCCGUCACGUCGGUCAUGGCACCGAAGCAGAUCAAGGUCUACUUCCACGUCGUCCGAAAAGACAACAGUGAGUUUCUGAGUUCGAGACCUGAUACAUCGGUCGCCACCUUGAAUAUCUUCAUCGUUUAAGCGCAAUUUCGCUGACCAAUUCCCCUCGUCCGUCCUGGCCCGUGCCUUGUACCUCCAUCGCCUCCGAUUUAUAGCCGUCGCCGGAGGCAACUUGUCGCCUCGUGCCAUCGCGGGCCAGAUUGCUGCGUUAAACGCCGAUUUCCGUGCGAGUGGGUUCAAUUUUACGUACGUCGUAUUAGACACCUCGUGCAGGGCCCGCAUUCGAGGAUUCGACCCCUAAUUUCUAGAACCUUGUUCCCGCCGCUCUCGCUGCGCCGCAGCCUCGCCGGAACAGAUUUUACGACGAACCGCGACUACUUUGAGAGCGCCGGACCCGGAUCAACUCAACAAACAGCGAUGAAGAACCGAUUGUACAAAGGCGGGCCUUCGGACCUCAACCUCUACUCGGUCGGCUUCGUCAAGGGUGCCGGAAAAGGCCUGCUCGGUUACGCGACAUUGCCUUUCUCGAUUUCGCCCAACUCGCGCACUGCCAACAAAGAUGAUGGCGUCGUCUUUUUGGUGAGUGGUGCUUUCCCGUUCAGGGGAAAGAGCGUCCCUUCGCUACAAAAGUGCGAAGCCUGACGGCUGUGCCAAACUUAGUUCUCGUCCGUCCCGGGCGGAAGCACCACCAACUACAACCUCGGCCGAACAGUGACGGUGAGCUUAGAGUCCGAGCUGAACCUGAACCUCAACAGGAUACUGACUCUGUGAAACGCGUUUGAUCAUUUUCUUGACCCUUUCCCCCUGCUCCGAUCACAGCACGAGGUGGGUCCGGCUUCUGACAGGACCAAACGCUCCAAAUCAUUUCUGUUUCCGUGGUCCCUGCUGACGAAGAAGGUGUUCUGGUGUCUGAUGCUUGCUUUAGACCGGUCAUUGGCUCGGGUAAGUGAGCGUCGCCGUGCCUCUUGGACGGUGGUCGCUCUGCGUGCACAAACGCUUGAGUUCGAUCCGCUGACUAAAAAUGAUUUCCUCUCAAAGUCUCUAUCAUACGUUCCAAGGAGGCUGCACCGGAGCUGGCGAUGGAGUCUCCGAUAGUGAGUCUCUUGUUUCGGCGCGCUGUCCGAGCUUACUGGGUCGUCGAGGAUUCAGCCCCUGACUUUCUCCGUGCGCUCCUCCUCUAAAAGCUCCAGCCGAAGCUAGCCCGGCGUACGGCUGCCCAACCGGCCGCGACUCGUGUAAUUCGUCCCCUGGUUUAGAUCCAAUCAGCAAUUUGCAAGUUCACACCUUCCUUGCUGUUCCGAGCCCUCGCGGACACUUCCGCAAUCGCCGAGCUUCUCCGUGCCCUCGCAGUUACUUCAUCGCAGAUUGCUAACCAAAACCACCAACCUCCUUCUCUUCUGAAUAGUAUGGAUUACAGUUACGAUGGAUGCAUGUCGCAAUUCACGUCUGGACAAGCUCUUCGAAUGGUUGCUGCUUCCCAGCAGUACCGUAAACUUUGA